AUGUAUUCCGAAUGUUGGAUAUUUUUUAUUCUAAUUAUUUUGAGUAAUGGUAAUCAAACAAAUAAAUCAACUACAUUACAUAUUGGUGCAUUAUUUGAUUUUGAUCAUUUAUCAAAAGACAAUGGUCGACAUGAAUUACAAGCAGCUCAAAUAGCUAUUGAAGAAAUAAAUUUUCGUCAAAAAGAUUUAUUCAAUGGUCUUUAUACACUUACAUUAUUAUCAAAUAAUUCUCGAUGUGAUCCAAUUUAUGCUGUUGAUGCUUUCUUUCAUGCAAUUUUUCGUCGUCCACAAUUACAUUUUCUUGUUGGUACAUCAUGUUCAAAUGAAACAAAAGCUGUCAUUCAAGUUGCUGAUUAUUAUAAUUUAAUUUUAUUUUCACAUUCAACAUCAUUUAUUUCUCAAGCUAAUGAAUCAUAUUCAACAUUAGUAAGACUUUCUGUAUCCGAUGAAAAUUAUAAUGAUGCUCGUGUAGCUUUUAUUAAAUAUAAUAAUUGGUCACAUGUAGCUAUUAUUCAUCAAGAUUCAAUUGAACAUUCUCUUAUGAUGGCAAAAUUAGCUAAACAUUUAAAUGAAUCAAAUAUAAAUGUUAUACUUACUCAAAGUGCAUCAUGGCUUAAUCUUACAUCAGCAUUACAAAAUCUUCAAGAAAAAAAAGCUCGUAUUAUCUUUGUUAAUUUUGAUACAUCAUUUCGUGCUAUAUUUUUUUGUGAAGUAUAUCGUACAUUUAUUAAAGAAUUACGUGAACGUUAUGUAUGGAUAUUAACUGGUAAUGAUUAUGAUUUAUGGAAUUUUUCAAGAAAUAAUUGUACAAAACAAGAAAUUCUUCAUGCAGCUCGUGGUCAUAUUAUUAUUGAUAGUUCAUAUAAAAGAAAAUCAAGUUUAAUUAAUCCAAAUAUGACAGCACAUCAAUUACAACAAAAACUUCAUGUAAAUGGUCAUCUUGAUAGGCAAACGUUGCAUGCUUAUGAUGCUAUAUGGGUAAUUGCACUUUUAAUACGAACGUCUUUAGAUCUCAAUAUAUCGGUUGAUGAAUUUACUUAUAACUCAGUGCAUAUAAGAGAUGAUUGGUUAAAUUUAAUAGAACAAAUACAUUUUCUUGGUGUUUCUGGACCUGUUUCAUUUCGAAAUCGUCAACGACAAGCUGAAACAAUUAUAAGUCAAUUUCAAAUUGAUUUAUAUCGACCAAAAAUUCGUACUAUUGCUGAAUAUUCACAUCUAUCAGAAUUUAAUAUCAAUUGUUCGAAAUGUCGAUCAUUAAUUUGGCCAAAUACAAUUCCAGUAGAUACAGAACGAAGUGAAAUUCGACGAGUUGUUUUAAAAAUUGCUGAAAUUAUAUUUAUUAGUGUAGCUUGUAUAUUUGGUCUUGCUUUAGCCAUUUUCUUUUUAACAUUCAAUAUUAUUCAUCGACAUGAACGUUAUAUCAAAUUAUCAAGUCCUAAAUUAAAUAAUGUAAUGGUUAUUGGUGCAAUGCAUAUUCAUAUAGCUAUAUUUCUUUUUGGUUUUGAUCAAUGGUUUCUUGAACAUAAUAUUCUUGGACAUGCAUGCAUAUUACGUAUAUUUCUUUUUUCUGGUGGAUUUUCAUUAACAUUUGGUUCAAUGUUUUUAAAAACUUUACGAGUUUAUCGUAUAUUUACAUCACAUGAUCGACCAUUACUUCAUUCAAAACUUUUACAAGAUUAUUAUUUAUUACUUAUAUGUUCACAUAUCUAUAGUAUUGAUGUUAUUUGUACAAUUAUUUGGCAAUUUCUUGAUCCACAUUUUAUAGAAUUUACUUAUGGAUCGAUUCGACGCCUUGAUAUGGAUACAGUUGUUUCGGAUGAAAUUUAUCAUUGUAAUUCCAAAUAUCGUCAAAAAAUUUUACCAUUUAUUUAUUUCUAUAAAUCUUUAUUUCUUAUUAUUGGUGGUUAUUUAGCUGCUAAAACUCGUCAUGUUCAUAUAUCAGCAUUAAAUGAUUCAAAAUUUAUUGUUUGGAGUAUAUAUAUUGUUGUAUUAACUAGUCUAUUUACUUUUAUUGUAAUGAUAUCAAUAAGAAAUUUACAUACAUAUAUUGUUUUAUGUUUUGUUGUUAUUAUAAUGACAAAUAUUAUUAUAUGUGUUGUAUUUUUACCUAAAGUUUUAAAAUUAAAAAAUCAAUAUCGAGAAGAAAUUCUUUCAAAAGAAUUAUAUAUGGAUGAUUCACGUACAAGACGUUUAGCUGUUGAAAUAAGUUAUUUUGAAGCAUAUCGUUAUGCACAAUUACAAAAUCGAGAACUUAAAACCGAACUUGUUCGAGUAAGUUUUAUGUUAUUAUUAUUUUUAUAAAAUACAAUAAUGAAAAAGAAGUAUUAAAGUAUAUAGAGUACAAAUUUUCACAGACAAGAUCAAUAGACAUUCCCAGGUUGAAGAUUCCGGAGACCGGAACCUGCAG